UGCGUUUUUUUUAAACCAAGAAAGAAGACCUUUUGAGGUCAAUGGUCAAGAGGAGAGAGUUGAGAGUACGGACCAGCCAAUUGACGAGAAGAACUUCGCCUCUAAGUAGAAAGCUUUGUGUUGAAGAAGGCAGAGAAGAAAAGCAAGAGUCUUUGGUGGAGAUCAUGGAGGUUUCCGGCAAGAAAAAGAUCAAGCCUGACCCUUUCACUGAUACUGUGUUUUCUUGGUCCCUGGAGAACAUUUUCAAUGAGGAUCUUUACAAAGACAAGGUGAAAAAGAUUCCUGAAUCAUUUCAAUCGGCUCAGCAUUACUUUGGGUCUUAUAUAUAUCCUUUACUGGAAGAAACCCGAGCAGAAGUGCAUUCAAGUAUGGAAACUCUUAAUCGAGCACCGUUUGCUGAAGUAGUUGGUUUUGUAGAAGCCAAGCCAUAUGGAACAAAGCUAUAUGAUGUCAAGGUUGAUUACUGGCGAAACAGGUUCAGUGAUAGUGGCAAGGAGCCAUAUAAAACUUUGCCGGGUGAUCUUUUUGUUUUAUCUGAUGCUAAACCUGAAACUGUUUCUGACUUACAAAGAGAAGGGAGGUCAUGGGCUUUUGCAUCGGCCACUAAUGUCUCAGAAAGUGAUAAUGAAGAUGACAGUACCUCUCUUUAUUUUAAAAUCAAGGCAUCAAAAGAGUUUGAAGUCGAAAAUAGCAGGACAUCACUUUUUAUAGUUUUCUUGGUGAAUUUAAUCCCUGAAGGAAGAAUUUGGAAAGCGUUGCACAUGUUCAGAAAUCUGAAGAUUAUCAACGAAGUUCUAUGCACUGAUUCUAUGGUUCAGAAAGAUUUCUGCUCUGAAAGGAACAAUGACAUCUGGAAUCAGAGUAUAGUUGAGAGUUUAUCAUCUGGAUUGAAUGAAUCCCAAACUGGGGCAGUGUUGGCCUGCCUUGAAAUGCUGCAUUCUGGUGAAAAGUCUGCCGUGGAACUUAUCUGGGGUCCUCCUGGUACUGGAAAAACAAAAACCACAGUUACUCUGCUUUCAACCCUGCUACAGAUGAAUUGUAGGACUCUUAUUUGUGCUCCAACAAAUGUUGCAAUAACUGAAAUUGCUUCUCGUCUUGUGAAGAUGGUGAGUAAAGCAGAGCCAAAUGAUUUGUAUUGUUCUUUAGGAGAGAUUCUUUUAUUUGGGAAUAAGGAGCGACUCAAAAUUGGUUCAGACAUUGAAGAAAUUUAUAUGGAUUGCCGUGUCAAAAGACUUGUAGAUUGUUUGGGGCCAAGGACUGGUUGGAGGCAUUGCUUUGCUUCCAUGAUCGGUUUACUUGAGGAUUGUGUUUCGGAUUACCAUAUUUCCUUGGAAAAUGAGUUCACAAAAGAGACCGAACAAAAGAAUGUUAGUGAAACGAAAGAUAAAGAAUCCAGAAGUGGUGUUCAAGUUAAAAAGGGGAAGUGCAAAACAUUUGUUCAAUUUUUGAGACAUAGAUUUGCAUAUACUGCAACGCCGAUAAGAUAUUGUAUUUCUGUGUUCUGUACUCAUAUAGGGAAAAAUUAUAUUUCGGUAGACAAUUUCCAAGACUUGGUUUCGCUUAUCCGGUUAGUUGAUUCCUUUGAGUUACUUCUGUCUCAAGGUAAUGUUGUUUCUGAAGUGUUGGAAGAACUCUUUUCUCAUUCAGAUGUUGAAGAUGUGUCUGAGUCAUUUGUAGGAAACUCCUUUGAUCUUUGUAUGAUGAGAAGGGAUUGCAUUUCGGCUUUACGCACUCUACGGGAUUCUCUUAGUCAACUAAAACUUCCAAAUAUUACGAAUGAGGAAUCUAUUCGGGAGUUCUGUUUUCAAAGAGCAUCUCUAAUAUUUUGCACUGCAUCUAGUUCGUAUAAGCUGCAUAGAGUGGCAAUGGAACCACUAAGCAUUGUUGUUAUUGACGAGGCUGCACAGCUAAAAGAGUGUGAGUCCACGAUACCUCUGCAACUUCGAGGUGUGAAGCGUGCUGUUCUUGUUGGUGAUGAACGUCAGUUAUCAGCUACGGUAAAAAGCAAAGUUUCUGAUGAAGCUGGUUUUGCAAGAAGCUUAUUUGAGAGGUUGAGCUUAAUGGGUCAUUCAAAACAUCUUUUAAAUAUGCAAUACAGAAUGCAUCCAUCAAUAAGUUUAUUCCCAAAUUCAAAUUUCUAUUUUAACUUGAUCCUGGAUGCUCCAAAUGUAAAACGAAGAAGCUAUGAGAAGCACUAUCUUCCAGGAGCAAUGUUUGGUCCAUAUUCUUUUAUAAAUGUGAUUGGUGGAAGAGAGGAGAAAGAUGAGGAUGGACAUAGUCGGAAAAAUAUGGUGGAGGUUGCUAUUGUUUCAAAAAUACUGCGGAAUCUGUACAAAGAAUGGGUCAAAUCAAAACAGAGACUCAGUAUUGGUAUAGUAUCUCCCUAUGCCGCUCAAGUAGUCGCAAUUAAGGACAGAAUGGGUGAGAAGUAUGAUAGGCUUGAUGGCUUUGUAGUGAAGGUAAAAACAGUUGAUGGGUUCCAAGGUGGGGAAGAGGAUAUAAUUAUAAUGUCCACUGUACGAUCCAACAGCCAGCAAUCACUUGAAUUCAUUUCAAAAUUGCAAAGAGUUAAUGUCUCUAUUACAAGGGCUAGGCACUGUUUGUGGAUUUUGGGCAAUGAAAGAACUCUUUCCGAUAGUGAAUCUGUUUGGAAGGCCUUGGUCCUUGAUGCCAAAGGUCGUCAAUGCUUCUUUAAUGCCGAUGAAGACAAGGAUUUAGCCAAGGCCAUAUUAGAGGUAAAGAAAGAGUUUGACCAAUUUGAUGAUUUGCUCAAUGCCGACAGCGUACUUUUUAGAAGUGCUAGAUGGAAGGUACUUUUCAGUGAUAACUUUCUGAAGUCAUUCAAGAAAUUGACAUCAGUCCGCUUGAAGAAGUCAGUGCUAAAUCUUCUACUGAAGCUUUCCAGUGGUUGGAGACCUAAGAAGCAAAAUGUUGAGACAAUUUCUGGUAGCUCUUGCAUGAUCUUGAAGAAAUUUAAGGUUGAAGGUCUAUACAUUGUUUGCACUAAUGACAUUGCAAAGAACCUGCAGUACGUUCAAGUAUUAAAGAUCUGGGACUUAUUGCCUCUAGAGGAUAUCCCAAAGUUGAUAAACCGCCUGGAUAGUAUUUUCAACAGAUAUACUGAUAACUUUAUUAAUCUUUGCAAGGACAAGUGUCUCGAUGGUGAUCUAGAGGUUCCAAAAAGCUGGUCAACGUCUUUGGAAUUUUCUCGGUUUAAGGAUCUUAGCAUCAGUGAAGCUCAGAGUGAUUUAGUUGGUGACACUUCUGAUUGUAGAAGCUAUGUUGAGAAUUCACAGGUUAGCGAGAGUUUGUUGCUGAUGAAAUUUUAUUCCUUAUCAUCUGGGGUAGUAAACCACUUACUGUCAGACCGUGAGGGUAGAGAACUGGAUCUUCCAUUUGAAGUUACAGACGAAGAGAUGGAGAUUAUCCUUUAUCGUAGAAGUUCCUUUAUAGUGGGACGGUCAGGAACUGGGAAAACCACAGUUUUAACCAUGAAAUUGUUUCAAAAAGAACAAUGGCACCAAUUUGCGGUACAAGGAUGCUAUAGUAGUCAAAAUACUAGCAAGGUUGAGCAGAGUUCUGCAGCUACUGAAGGGAAAGUUCUGCGCCAGCUUUUUGUGACAGUGAGUCCUAAGCUAUGUUUUGCCAUCAAGCGACAUGUUUCACACUUGAAAAGUUUUGCAUGCGGCGGAGGUAACUCAACUGACUCAACUGAAAGAGGUUUAAUUGAUAUGGCUGAUUUUGAUGAGGAGGAAACCCAAUUCAAGGAUAUCCCAGAUUCAUUUCAUGAUAUUCCUACGAGUUCUUACCCACUUGUUAUUACAUUCCAUAAGUUUUUGAUGAUGCUCGAUGGGACAUUGAGUAACUCAUACCUUGAAAGAUUCCUUGAUGUGACAGCUACUGUUGGUCAUUUUAGGAGUUCGAGAUCAGUCGCAUUUCAGAGCUUGAUAAGGACGAAAGAAGUUAAUUAUGAGAGGUUUAGCUCUGUGUAUUGGCCCCGUUUUAAUACUCAGAUAACAAAGAAGCUUGACGUUUCAAGAAUCUUUAUAGAGAUUAUUUCUUAUAUAAAAGGUGGCUUAGGAGCUAUAGAUGCAUGUGAUGGUAAACUCAGCCGGGAGGAUUAUGUUCAACUGUGCGAGGGCCGGGGUUCUAAUUUGAGCAAGCAAAAGAGAGAAGCAAUAUACGAUGUUUUUCAGGCUUAUGAAAAGUUGAAGAUGGAAAAUGGUGAAUUCGAUCUGGCUGAUUUUGUAAUUGAUCUUCACCGUCGACUCAAGCAUGAAAAAUAUGAGGGUGAUCAGAUGGAAUUUGUUUAUAUUGAUGAGGUUCAAGAUCUCACAAUGAGUCAAAUUGCUUUGUUUAAACACAUGUGCAACAAUGUUGAAGAGGGAUUUGUCUUUUCUGGUGAUACAGCCCAAACAAUAGCAAGGGGUAUUGACUUUAGGUUUCAGGAUAUACGACAUCUGUUCUACAAGAAGUUUGUAUUUGAGUCAAGAAGCAAUAGCAACGAUGAAAGAAAAGAAAAAGGCCUCGUCUCUGAAUUACUUCAGUUGACUCAAAACUUCCGUACUCAUGCUGGUAUAUUGAAGUUAUCACAAAGCAUUGUUGAACUACUGUAUCGGUUUUUCCCCUUUUCUGUUGAUGUUUUAAAACCUGAAACCAGUCUGAUUUAUGGGGAAGCUCCAGUUUUGCUUGAAUCUGGGGAAAACGAAAAUGCAAUCAUGAAAAUUUUUGGAAACAGUGGAAAUAUAGUUGGCUUUGGUGCAGAGCAGGUGAUUUUGGUGCGAGAUGGUAAUGCUCGAAGAGAAAUAUCCAAAUUUGUAGGGAAGCAUGCUCUUGUCCUAACCAUAGUGGAGUGUAAGGGCCUUGAGUUCCAGGAUGUCCUCUUAUACAACUUUUUCGGCACAUCACCUUUGAAAAAUCAGUGGAGGGUCAUAUAUGAUUACAUGAAGGAACAAGAUUUACUUGACUCCACAUUACCUAAGUGCUUUCCAAGUUUCAGUGAAUCAAAACACAACAUAUUGUGCUCUGAACUGAAGCAAUUAUAUGUGGCUGUUACUCGAACAAGACAGAGAUUGUGGAUUUGUGAAAAUGUGGAAGACCUCUCGAAACCUAUGUUUGACUAUUGGAAGAAAAAAUGUCUUGUGCAACAAAGGCAGUUAGAUGAUUCACUUGCCCAGGCAAUGCAAGUGGCAAGCAGUCCAGAGGAGUGGAAAUCACGAGGCAUUAAGCUAUAUCAUGAACAUAACUAUGAAAUGGCCACAAUGUGCUUUGAAAGAGCUGGUGACACUUACUGGGAAAGGAGGUCUAAAGCUUCCGGCCUCAAAGCUAUUGCUGACCGUAUGCGAACAUCAAAUCCCGAAGAGGCUAAAUCGAUCCUUAGAGAAGCUGCUGAAAUAUUCGAUGCUAUUGGCAAGGCAGAUUCUGCUGCAAGAUGUUUUUCUGAUUUGGGGGAGUAUGAAAGAGCAGCUAGGCUAUAUUUGGAAAAAUGUGGAGACUCGGAACUUCAAAGAGCUGCAGAAUCUUUUUCACUAGCGGGAUGCUUUGAGGAUGCUGCAGAUGUCUAUGCCAAGGGAAAUUUUUUCGCGGAGUGUCUCACUGUUUGUGCAAAUGGGAAACUAUUUGAAAUGGGUUUGCAGUAUAUUAAUUAUUGGAAACAGCAUGCUGUUGAGGACUGUGCUAAGGCUAGUAGAGGAGAAGGAAUAUAUAAAAUGGAGCAGGAAUUUUUAGAGAGCUGCGCACUUCACUAUCAUAAGUUGAAAGAUAACAGAAUAAUGAUGAAAUUUGUGAAAGCUUUCAAUUCUAUAAUAUUGAUGCGGGACUUUUUGAAGAGUUUAGGGAGCCUUGAUGAGCUUUUGUCAUUGGAGGAAGAAUUUGGAAAUUAUCUGGAAGCCGCAAACAUCGCCCAGCUUAAAGGUGAAAUCCUACUUGAAUCUGAUUACCUUGGAAAGGCAGGUAAGUUCAAAGAGGCCUCACUGCAUAUUCUGUUUUAUGUAAUUUCCAAGUCUCUUUGGUCAUCUGGUAGCAUGGGCUGGCCCAUGAAAACGUUUCCACAACAGGAGGAGCUUCUGACAAAGGCCAAGUCAUUUGCCAAGAAUGUGAAAGGUAACCUUUAUGAGCUGGUUUGCACUGAGUCGGAGAUUUUAUUGAAUGGGCAGGAUAACUUGGCUGUUUUGAAACAUCAAAUGGAAGCUUCUGAAAGACUUGAGAGUAUUAGAGGUGAAGUGUUAUCAGCUCGAAAAAUUUUGGAUGCCCAUCUCUCUCCAAGAACUGAUAAGUAUUUAUGGGAGAAAGAAUUAAUUGGAGAUCUUGUAAAGCAUUCAAAAGAUAAAAUAUCUAGAAAUCAGGUGUCCGUUGAUUCGCUUGUCUACUACUGGAAUUUCUGGAAGGAGAAGAUCCUUCACAUUAUUGAAUCUGUAGAUUGUGUGGAAAGUCCAGAGUACAAUGGUUAUGUAGAACUCUGUUUUACUUGUUUAGGAGUUUGGAGGUUGUAUCAUAAUCUGAAUCCAAUAUAUGUCUUACUGGUCCCUGAUGCUGAUUGGAUUAGUGGUCUGGACAAAAGGCAUUUGAAAAGUUAUGGGAAGUCGGUCUCCAUUGAUGUUCAUCAGCUCAUUCCAGCAGCUCAGUAUUAUUGGAGUUCAGAACUGCUCUCUGUUGGCAUCAAAGUUUUGGAAAAGCUUGAAGCACUUUUCAAGUUCCCACUAAAGAAUUCUGACUCGACAUUCUUCCAGUGCAGGGCUCUUACCCUUAUCUAUGAUGUUGCAAGAAAUCUUUUGGAUUCCAAAUAUCUGAAGCCAACCCUUAUCUAUGAUGUUGCAAGAAAUCUUUUGGAUUCCAAAUAUCUGAAGCCAAGGGAUCAAGAUUACUUGAAACUACAGAAGCUGGUAACAUUUUCGGCCGGGGAGUAUGUUGCUUACAUCUUUCCUUUAGAUUGGAGGAAUUCGUUGCGACAGAAUAUGAUUUCUCUUAGAAGAACUGAUGCUUCAAAGAAUGUGCUGAAUCAAGUUAUAGUUGAAUAUACCAGCUCAAAGAACAAGCUGUCUUAUGGGCAGAUUGGAAGGAUCGCAAUGAUCAUUCUCGGGUCAGGUAAGCUGCUGAAUAAUGGGCUCUCUGUUCAGCUUGUCAAAAAGCUUGAAAAUACACCAUGGAAGGCCUUCAUUGAGGAUCUCUGUACGAGCGUUGGACCUGGACAUACCCGUCAGGAACCAAUAGAGGUGUCUGUCAUGUUGCGGUUACAUGAGGCUUUGGUUGAAACUUAUAGUGUCAACUGGAGGAAGGUUUCCAACUACAUAUCACCUGGUUGCUUCUUGUAUCUUGUGGAGCGCCUUCUGUUUUCAGCAAGUUGCUAUCAAGGUUUUGUCAUCACUACAAGUUCUUGCUUUAUUGAAUGGCUGAUAUACCAGGAUGAAGAUACCAGCUUACGUUCCAUAGUGACUGGUGGGAGUCCUUCUCUGGGAACCAUUCUUCCAUUUGUGAUUAAUGUGGUUAGCGAUUGUAUUUUCAAGAAGAAGGAUAUGAUUGAAUGGAUUGAGAAGUCUGACAGAAAUUGGAGGAAGUAUUAUCAGUCACUCAUGUUGCGGUUGGUUACUGUCUUGUGUUUGAUUAAUUUGAACUUCCGCUUGUGUUUGGAUAUAAUCCAUGAUUUGCUGGGGAGGAACUUUAUCACUGAACUCCUACCGUGGGAGUUUUAUGAUGCACUUAGGAGGAGGAGGAAACCCAAUUCUCUCAGUUUAAAUGUUAAUGUGCUUGCUGGAGCUCUCAAGAAGAUUGAUAAUACAUUGGUGAUUGCGAGUUUCGGGGUUAAUUGUUCAGGGUUUUACAGUUCAGAUGCCAUCUUUGUCGACAUGACUACCAAUCAAUGCAAGAAUGACAUAUUGAGAAAAUGGUUUCCAAAGCCGCCUGUCAUUCAAGUUGCACAACAUCAAGUUGCAUCUGUUGAAAAAGGUAGAAGUUCUUGCAGUCCUGCAAUCUCUGCAACUGAUUCUGAAGAAGGUAAGAGUUCUAAACUUGCGCCUUCAGAAUCCAGCUUGGUAAAAGAGACUGCGGUUGCAGCUCGUAAGCAGUGUGAAGCUGAAGACAGUCACAGUAAGGAUGAGGGUAAUUGCAUAUCCAAUGCGUCAGAUCAGCAGUGUCCCGGCCCAAUCUCGGAGCAGCAUGACGCCGAGGACAGCCACACAAAAGGCGAGGAAAACAACGCAUCCACCGAGUCAAAUCCGACAUGUCAAAAAGAUGAUGGUACUUCCACCCCAUCUGGCAGUAAAGAAGCUGGAAGCAAGGCGAAGAACAAGACAAAGGGCAAGAACAAGAAAAACAAGAAGAGAGGGGGCCGGAAAUAGCUGUCAUAUGCCCUGCAAUUUCUUUACUUUGGAAAUUUCAUCUGGGAAACUUGUUUAUAUCUGAUGUAACUCAAACAUAAUAUCUAUUGUUUGUACAUAUUAUCUAUGGUUUCUACAUUUCAUAUCAUCAUGUUAUUACUAAUCAGAAGAAAAGAUUGAACUGCUAUAAGAAACUAUUCAAUGAACAAAAAUGCCUGGCUCUUGUUAUGAACUUUCAGUGAAGUCUCAAUCGAAAACAAACAAGUAACAAAACUUUAACAGAGAAUGCACUACGCUCUUUUUGGCUCAAUUCUUAUCGCUCCCGAACCUCAAACUUGUUCGGCAAAAGCCGCCGGUACUUCUCAAACUGCUCCUUGGCCUCUUCAUUCCUCUCAAGCAAGUUGUAAAUCAUUUCUCUACAAAAAUAAGGCCGGAAGUCUUUGGGAUCCUCCUUGACCAACUCAUUGUAGCUACUCAACGCAUCCUCCACAUUCUUCUGCAGGAACUGUAUCUGCGCCAUUAUCAGCUUCACAUCCCUGGCCUCCUUGGCCUUGU